AUGGAUGCGUUAGUGCUAACAGACGCCGGACAUCGCCUUCUCGCACGAUUCCGAAGGACGCGGAACACUAGGGAUCUCGACCAAUCCAUAACGCACCUUGAACGUGCGUCUGAUCUCUGCGCCAUAGAUCAUCCAUGCCACCCUGCAGCACUAUUCAAUCUAGCUUCCGCGAAGUUUGUUAAUUGCCAAGUAAAUGGAACAUACCUCGACCUCGACAUCCCCAUCUCUCUUUUUCAAGACGCCCUUGCUUUACGUCCUGCUGGUCAUCCUGACCGACCCACGACCCAGCUCCAUCUUGCCAUUUCUCUGCUAGAUGAUCCCCACGACUUAGAUGAAGUGAUCUCCCUUCAUCACGAUGCACUGCGAUACUAUGAUAGUAUGCAUGCUCGCCGAGGGCAUUUGCUAGGCAAUCUAGGCUCACUGCUGAACACUCGCUAUCGUCGUCAAGGCAAUAACCAAGACUUGGAUGACGCUGUCAUGCUUCACAGGGACGCGCUGGCUUUACGUCCAGUCGGUCACCCACGUCGGUCCUCGUCAUUAAAUAACCUUGCGAAUGUGCUCUCCACUCGCUUCGAGCACCGAGGCAAUGGCCAAGACUUGGAUGACGCUGCCAUGCUUCACAGGGACACGCUGGCUUUACGUCCAGUCGGUCACCCACAUCGGUCCUCGUCAUUAAAUAACCUUGCGAAUGUGCUCUCCACUCGUUUCGAGCACCGAGGCAAUGGCCAAGACUUGGAUGACGCUGCCAUGCUUCACAGGGACGCGCUGGCUUUACGUCCAGUCGGACACCCAGAUCGGUCGUCGUCAUUAAAUAACCUUGCGACUGUGCUCUCCACCCGCUUCGAGCACCGAGGCAAUGACCAAGACAUGGAUGACGCUGUCAUGCUUCACAGGGACGCGCUAGCUAUACGUCCAGUCGGUCACCCAGAUCGGUCCAUGUCAUUACAUAACCUUGCGAAUGUGCUCUCCACCAGCUUCAAGCACCGAGGCAAUGACCAAGACUUGGAUGACGCUGUCAUGCUUCACAGGGACGCGCUAGCUUUACGUCCAGUCGGACACCCAGAUCGGUCGUCAUCAUUAAAUAGCUAUGCGAGUGUGCUCUCCACCCGCUUCGAGCACCAAGGCAAUGACCAAAACAUGGAUGACGCUGUCAUGCUUUACAGGGACGCGCUGGCUUUACGUCCAGUCGGUCACCCACAUCGGUCCUCGUCAUUAAAUAACCUUGCCAAUGUGCUCUCCACUCGCUUCGAUCACCGAGGCAAUGACCAAGACUUGGAUGACGCUGUCAUGCUUCACAGGGACGCGCUGGCUUUACAUUCAGUCGGUCACCCAGAUCGGUCCAUGUCAUUAAAUAACCUUGCCAAUGUGCUCUCCACCCGCUUCAAGCACCGAGGCAAUGACCAAGACUUGGAUGACGCUGCCAUGCUUCACAGGGACGCGCUGGCUUUACAUUCAGUCGGUCACCCAGAUCGGUCCAUGUCAUUAAAUAACCUUGCGAGUGUGCUCUCCACCCGCUUCAAGCACCGAGGCAAUGACCAAGACUUGGAUGACGCUGCCAUGCUUCAAAUGGACGCGCUAGCUUUACGUCCAGUCGGACACCCAGAUCGGUCCUCGUCAUUAAUUAACCUUGGGAAUUUGCUCUCUACCCGCUUCGAGCGCCGACGUGAUCGAGAAGACCUCCACGGGUCACAAGAGAAGCUCCGCUGUGCACUGACUCUUUUGACGCAACAUGAUCCUCGUCUAUUAAUCGUCCAUCGAUCACUAGCUAACGUCUAUAUGUUGUUCCAUCAAUCGGGACUUAACGGCACUGGUGAACACAUUGACAGUUCGGCUGCUGCCAUGCAUCAUCUCCAGGCUGCAGCAAAUGUUGUCUCUGGAGGUUUGCUAUCUCGCCUGCGAGCAAGUCUAUUCUGGGUUAACAAGGCCCACGAACAUUCACAUGCUACCGAACUGGAGGCUUAUACGACUUCCAUGCAGCUUCUGGACGCUUACAUGUCCGCAAGGGCUUCAGUAUCGUCUCGUCACAAUGUCAUGAAGUACUUCCCCAAUACGCUUGCUGUGGAUGCUGCAUCAUGUGCCCUUCGUAGCGGUGAUGUGUGUCGCGCUAUCGAGUUGUUGGAACAAGGCAGAACUCUCAUCUGGACCCAGAUGACACGACUCCGCACGCCUCUUGAUGGCCUCCAAGAUCUCGGUGAUCAUGCAGUGGCCUUGAUGAAGAAGUUCAGAGACCUCAGCUCCCUCCUUAAUACACCUCCUAUGAAUUAUCAAGAAGGGACCCCAAGCGUCAAUGUAGAAGCCGAAGCAAGUCGGUACCGACGUCUAGUGGAGGACUGGAAUAGAGUUGUAGAAGGGAUUCGUGAUAUCGAGGGCUUCUCUCGCUUUCUACUUCCCCCCUUGUUCUCCGAUCUUCAACAUGCAGCUCGUGAUGGGCCUGUUGUCGUGCUCGUUGCAAGCAAGUCGUCUUGCGAUGCCAUUAUUGUUCCACACAACCAACCUCCGAUGAACAUUAAACUCCGCAUCAAUUUGGAGAGACUCCAACAUUUGGUGGUCAAACUCCAACGGGCAAGUCAACCACAGGCCGCUCCCAAACCCGCUCCCGAAACCACUCCAAAAUCCGCUCCCAAAAGUACCCACUUGCCCCUCAUGAAAGCUUUGACGGAGUUAUGGGACGACGUCGUCCGCCCAGUGGUCGACAAUUUGGGCGGAUUUGCACCACCAGGUUCCCGGAUAUGGUGGUGUCCUACGGGGGCCUUCAAUUUCUUGCCGUUGCACGCUGCUGGCGCGUACAGGCGAGGCGGACAGUUGCUUUCGAAGCUCUAUAUCUCUUCAUACACGCCAUCGCUUACCGCCCUGAUCAGGGCUCGCAGAAGCCACGAUAGAUCCCUGCCAGUGCCCUUUGCUGCCAUCGGUCAGAAUCACCCAGCCGGUCAUUCAUUCACUUUGGAGUUUGUGGAGCCUGAGCUAGAUUUGGUGCAGAAGCUUUUACCCCCUCCCCCGACUGUUGCCUUCACCAAGAUAACGAGCGUUGAUUCAACGAAAUCGAGAGCAUUGCGUGCAUUGCGAGACAAUACUUGGCUUCAUUUUUCAUGUCACGGGACACAGAAUUAUACAGAACCCUUCAAGUCGGCCUUUCUCAUGCUCGACCAACCGCUUUCACUCCUCGAUAUCUCACAAAUGGAUCUGUCUCGGCAUGAAUUUGCCUUUCUUUCUGCCUGUGAAACCGCAGUCGGUGAUCUCAAUACGCCUGACGAAGUCAUACACCUGGCAGCUAGCCUUCAAUUUGCUGGUGUGCAGAGUGUAGUUGGGACAUUAUGGGAGGUCAACGAUCAUACGGUGCAGCGCUUAGUUGAGGCAUUCUACAACAACUUGUGUGAGAAAGGCACAAUGGAUUCCCAGCGGGCUGCCCAAGCGCUGCACAAAGCGGUCCAGUUGUUGGCCGGUGACGAGAAGAUGCCCUUGGACCAGCGCAUAGUGUUCAUUCAUAUUGGCAUAUGA